AAAGAAUGCAUGGAUCAAUUUCCAUUGCUAAAUGAGAAUCCGCGACUUCUAGAAGAAAUAGGAUUUACAAACGGGGAUCAACGUCGCUUGUUGCUUUCUAAUUUCUUGCAAUCAUCCGAAGCAAAAUCGGAAGUGAAAGCAUACAGACAAAAACUCGUCUUAGAAAGGAAGAAAGGAGGUUUUCGGGAACUUUGCUUGGAAAUGCAGGACUCGUUCCUAAAAUGCAUACAUGAACAUAAACAUCUGAAGACUUUACAACACGGUCACAUUUUGAAACUGAGUGAAUGUAUGAUGUCUUAAGAAAGAUAUAAAGCUCUGGAUGCUCACUCUGAUAUACGAACAGCAAUGAUAUUGAACAUCCUUGUUUUCUUCGAAAAACCAUGUAUUGAAAGAUGUCCCUUUCACCAACCAAACCGCAGUGAAUGUGUCGAUUAUGCCGUUUCUCGUUUAUUAACAUCACAAGACAGAAGGAAUCGACAAGACCAUCUCAGUACUACAGAGAGGCCAACAUUAUACAGCAUAAGGUUGCUUAUAACAAUGGUUUGUGGUGAUCUGUACAACGUAGAAGACGUGUUGUCACUAUUCCUGGAUGAGCCAACCUUCAAAACGCAACCCAAGGGUUUCGUCCCUCAGUAUGGGUUCAAUUCGUUUUCAUUUACGCACAAAAUGGAUGAUGGGAGAUCUUUUAAAGUUUUCUUCACUGUUGCAUCCUACCAUGAAGCAAAAAGCAUGAUCAACCAAAUACCGUUUGACAGAUGCGUCUUUGUUUAUCACAAAUUUCGACGGUCGUCAAUUACGUCGCUGCGAAGAGUGAUUCAAAGUGCGGCCUGUCCAAAGAUGUUAAUUGAGGUGCAGUACUGCAACUCGGGUACUUCGUCAGCACAUCAAUCGCUACCAUUAGAGGAAGGCUUACGCCCCGUCGCUGUCCAAGUACCGGAAUACUUCAAAUCUCCAGCCUAUAGACAAAUGCUUAUGUCGUUCGUUAUUUUUGCCGACACGAACUUGUCAAUCAUUGGCGAUUUACAGCUUCAUUGCAUAGAUGAAACUACAAGUCGGUCAUCAUCGCCGAAGAGCGAUCAAUCGGAACAGAGUUCAAGUGAUGAUCCAAGUUUUGAUAGUAAAAGAAGUUCAACACUGUCCGAAAAUAAUUUUGCUGAUACAGACAGCAGCGUAACUUCAUCAGAGAAAAUAUUCUGCAAACAAAGAGACGUUUCGAAGGCCAUGCCAACCCACAAAGCCAUCGAUUUGGACAUAGCGCGCAAUAGUACAGGAGCCCACAUGGUCCUUGACGAGAGACAGGACAGCUCUACUAGAUACAAUGAAAAUUGCUGCGAUUUUGACAAAGAAUCGAUUAACUUGUCCGAAAUACGCGAUGGUGAUCAAACAAACUGUAAAACAACAUACCACAUUCAAAACGCUCUACGGCAAAACCAUGACAUGGAACAAACCUCAGCUAAAUGUGUCAAAACCGAAAAUGAAGACACGACCUGUACAAUACUCGAAGUUCUUACCGGUCGCAAAGAAAAACGUGAUGCAGAACAAACACGAAUUAAAUCUAUUGAAAGCCGUGAGGUUCAAACAUAUGUAAAGACAACAUUCUCAAAUUGUGACGUUAGUUUCGCCGAUGCUCCGACAACUUUAAUAAAUGAAACUGAACAGCUGUUGAACACAUCGAAUUGUAGACCAACUUAUUUUCGCUGCGCGUCAAAUGAACCACCUAACUUAAUAGGUGUGGACAUGGAAGGGAUCUACAUAGAACUAAAACAAUGUCUUACUGACGACGCAUUUGCGUUACUUAAAGGGACAAAAAAGGAAAUGGCUUAUGAUAUUCGUAGAGUGAAGAAGGCUGCAAAAAAGGCGAGGCGAGCGCAAAGAAACUGCGAAGAGAUGAUUGAGAAAAACCGAAAAACUGGAUGUUUUUGCAAUAUAUGUUAAUAUGUAAGCCUCGACCUGGACAGUGGAUGCUCGGUUAAAAAUGUUAACCCUGCCAAACGUAUGUUUUAUCAACAACAUCACGCAUGAUUCAACUACCGGUACCGAUAUCCUAGUCACUGCACUGUUAAUAGAAGGUGUAUGCUGGAACAGCGCUUUAUAAUGAGAUAUCAGACCGACGGGCGUAACGCCACAAAUGAGAUAACACCCCAAAAGAAACCGCAAUACCAUACCACGUGAUUCUGAUCGAUUCGGAUAUUAUUUUUUAUUUGAUUUUGAAUCAUCACAUUUUCUUUGACUUUUUUAAAGCUUUAAUCAAUAUAUAAAAUGGUCAUUUUGGUUUAACGUUGCCCUGAUUUUCAUUCAAUUAGAUGCAGUUAAAGCAGAUCAUCCGUCCACUUCCAGAAGUGGAAUGAUUGUUCUUGUAACUGUAGUGGCUAUCAUUAAUCCAUAGAGGAGGUAUCCACUGCGAGGAACUCAUAGAACUGUAUGUGUGUGUAUUACCUUCAUGUACCAUAUUGUCAUUUCAUAAUGUUUUGUAAACAAAUGUUUUUCUUGUGUCGCUGAGGUAUGCACUUGAUCUACUUUUGCAACAUUGUCCUGUGAGAAAGGAGUUAAAAUCGAUACGUAUCUCUUGUUUAUGUAUAGAACAUUUUAUCAAUAUGUUUGACGAGAUGUAGCUCAGAAGUUUUAAACGGACAAGAUCACACUGUCUUUGGAAUAUUUGUAGUUUACGUAAGCCUUUGUACAUUUAUAUAAUUUGCAUCAGCAAUAUUUGGUUUGUUGAUUGAUAUUUGUAUUGAAUUAUUUUUAAGCAAUCACAUAAAUAACCAAGCUUUGUAAUAUGGAACUUUUACACCCAAUAUUGCUACUUCUUCCUGUAUGUGAACGAUGAUGAUCUGAAAUAUUAACUAUAUCAUGCUAUAUUUUUUAACCCUUUUUGUAAAAAGAAGGGAUGUAUGUAGGAUAGGUCACUCUGUGUUACUGCAUGUGUCUAUGUCUCUGUACAAGUGUUUAUGCCCCUUGUCUUGUAAGUGUCCAUUUGCUUCUCUUGUGAGAUUAAGUCCCUUGUCCUGUGUGCGUCCAACCAUGUACCGUGAUGUCAUAUAUGUUUUGUCCAGUGAGAAUGAGAGAAUUCAAAGAAACAAGAUUCUUAUUGGUCAGUUCCAAAACCCUUUGUGAAAUUCAGAGAAAAUUACUGACCAUGCUUUCUUUUGCUCUCUAGCUGUCGCAAGACAAACUUGUAUUGCAACUUUUAUUAUAUUUUACCAACCUGGUGAGUUUGAAGUUAUUUGUAUUUGCAUUUAUUUACUUAUCUGCAAUGAAAAUGAAUUUAAUAUUAUUUUGAAAUAAUGUAUUUAUGUUUGGAAGGUUGUGAAAUGUGUUAAUUGUUUUUUUUAUGUUUCUUUGUUCUGUUAUAUGUAUAAAUACAUAUAUACGAGAAUUCCGAUAUACAUUCGGACAGUCACAUAAAUAUCGAACCUUGAGCGGCGUUUCUAUUUAUUUAAACCCCUACCCUACUAUAUUUGGCUCCCCGACGCAAAACGACUAGAAACCAGGUUGGAGAUAUUUCCACCACCACGUGCGGACCACUGACGGAGCAGUGUAGGUUAAGGACCCCCCGGAAGCCCACAGAGGUUGAGGAACUCUUGCCGGCGCCAUGGACUGUUUCGUGUAGUGCCUCCGAGACCGAGUGGAUAAGAUUUUUUUUUGUCCUCUGUUGAAAGUUCUUCAACGAACUUAUUAACUCUAAAGUGCAUUGUGUUAAGACCAGAAAAUUCGUCAAUUGUGAUUGAAGUUCUUCAACGAACUUGCUAACUCUAAAAUUGUAUUAUUUCUUUAUUUUCUUCGCGAGAAGACCCGAACAUUGCAACCCGUGCUGUUUACGUGUGUUUCGUUACCUCACGCGACGAAGUGACCUGUGACCUUGUCAGUUUCCUGACGAAGAGGAUUGUAUUGUGACAUUGUGCUAAAAAUUCUUAUUGUGUAAAUUAUUUUAUGUGGAUUUGUGGAUGGAAACGUAAGUUGCUACAAUUAUCGUUCUUUUUUUACUUUGUUUCUUGCACUAUUUUAUUGUUGACGGUUUACGCUAACUUUAUGUGCAUUGAUACGUAAAAAGUUCCUUUCCGGUGACACAUACAAACAAACCUAACGUAAGCAAUUUAUGUAUCUCAGAUCGCUGUAAUUGGGGGUAUAAAUUGUAAGUUUCAAUUCAAAUUUUUGUUUAAAACUGCUUUUUAUUUUAUUGUUAUACCUAUAUCGUAAUUUUAUUGAUUAUAUUAACUAAAACUCUAGAGUUGUCACAUAAUUUCGCGACCCGGAAAUAUUUGUCAUUGCAAGGUUAGAAAUUCUUCCGAGUGAUUUGUGAUUUUAAAACUGUGUCAACUGCAUUAUUUUAGAGGUAUUCAACAUAUAUCGUGUUGUAGAAAGACAUUUUAAAAAUUCCUAUUCUGUAUUAAUGUGUGUUUUUCCUGUAAAUAUUGAUUGAAAUUCUUCAGUUACCUUCAAAUUAGAAUAUCAGCUUCUGAAAACUUUACAACAGCAAUCUUAACGGCUAUUUGCAAGCCAGUUUAGUAUAAAAUUCUGAAAUUCUCAAACGAUAAAUUGU